ACUUCAAAAUGCCAGCGAAGAUGAAGGCGUCGAACAGCCGGCUGAUCUGCUCAUUGAUAACUACAAAGGCGCCAUUGAAUUCCUUUUUGAGAUUGGAACUUGGUUGACAUAUGCCGAGGAUGAUGCACAGUCUACUCGAAAUAUAAUUGAAUCCGUCGUCAUGGAGACAAUUCUUCAAAACUAUGACCGAAAUAAGGCCAUAAAAUGUCUAACUGAGGAUGCUGUGUCGGUAGGCUUUCUUUUUUUGGCCAAAUCUGGUCUAACAUAUCCUCAUAUGCAGGACACGAUGGAGUGGUUGAGCCAAAUGAUCGAAUCUCCAACCUGGAGACAGACAAUCUACGAACUGGCCCAGCAACCACGGAAUGAGGACUGUCCCUUUCUUUCCCUCGCAAUGCCCUGCAUUGCUGUGAAUGAGAACUUAAUAGGUGAACUUAUUUCGGUGCCGCUGGCCUGGAAUACACUGGAGAUCUUUCUCAAAUGUGCGACUUACACACUUCAGCCUUUACUGAUGGCUGGCGAGAUAAUCGACGAUGACUACUUCCUGCAU